AUGACAUUCUCUAAGGAACAAAAUCAUGUCGACGUACUAAUUUGUGGUGCAGGUCCCGUUGGCUUAUUUCUAUCUAACGAAUUGGCUGCAUUCAAAAUAAAUUUCCGAAUAAUCGAAAAACUCAAUAAGCAUCCAAAUUUUUCAAAGGCAAUCUUUAUAUCACCUAGAACCUUGGAAAUUUUUGAUAAUAGGGGUCUUAUUGAUCCUUUCUUGGAAAAUGGUGUCAAAGUAAAACAAUUCACUACAUACCAAAAUAUUCACGAAUUAUUCAAGGUCGACCUUAGUAUCAUGAACAGUUUGUUUCCUUUUGCAUUAAUGAACCGUCAAAAUAAGACUGAAGAUUAUUUAAUCGAUGCUUUACAUCAAAAGAAAUCAAUGGGAAUAAAAAAUGUUCCUGAUGUUGAAUUCGGCAUGGAACUGAUAAAAUAUGAAGAGAAGGAUGAUCACAUCAUCGCUAUUGUCAAGAAUAUAAAUAGCGGUAAAGAGGAAGAAAUCAUUUGUCGCUAUUUAGUAGGGUGCGAUGGUGUACAUUCCAGCGUUAGAAAUGGAAGAAAUGAUUGGAUUUUUGAAGGUCGGACAUUGAAAUCUUCGUGGGCCGUAGCCGAUGUAAGUAUUGAUCAUGAAUUGAUUAGAGACGAUCAAGUAACCCUUUUUGCAGCUGCUGGAGUUCCUGAAGAGCACAGUACAUUAGAUCAGCUGCAAAAAAUGAUCGAUAAGAAAACUGCACCUAUUAAAUUUGAGAUAAAGGAUCCGGUUUGGUUAGCUAAUUUUAAAGUUAGUGAAAGAGUUGCAAAUAGAUAUCGAAUAGGCCGUGUCUUCCUCGCUGGAGAUGCUGCACAUUGUCACUCGCCGGUUGGUGGCCAAGGCAUGAACAUGGGGAUUCAAGAUGCUCAUAAUUUAGCAUUCAAGUUGGCGCUAGUUAUCAGGAAUCAGGCUAUCAACCCUGAUAAGGUCCUUAAUAGUUACGAACAAGAAAGACGUCCUGUUGGCAAGAACGUUGUUUCUGGUACCAGUCUUGCUACAAAAAUGUUGAGUGGUAAUGAUUUUAUUAGCACUUUUUUACGGACAUAUGUAGCACCCUUCAUGUUCCACUUUUUUCCACAACUUGCAUUUAAUUAUCAGAGUAAUUUAUUUCAAACUGAUCUUAAAUAUUUUCCCGAAAUAUCCGAGAUUCUUCAUAAAUACAAACCUCUCUCACACUCUGAAAACAAAUUGAUCAAAGCGGGUCAUUAUGCAAUAGAUGGACUAUUAAAGAAAGUAAUUUCAAAAAAAAGUCAUGAUCGCAUAACUUUAUUUGAUAUCUUUCGUUCAACUGCAUUGAAACAUACCCUAAUUCUGUUCACUUUAGCUAAUGGUGUCACAGCUGAUUGUAAUCCACUCAUAAAUACCCUAUUGGAGAUUUACUCUGGCUAUAAAAACACUAUAAUCCCAAUUAUCGUUUCAUAUCAGGGUGCCGUUCGGGCUGCUGAUAUACCAUUUAUGCCAUUAUUGGAAGAGGGCCGAGAACAGCAUAUAUUUAUGGAAUCAAAAUCCGAAGUACAUGAAAAAUAUGGUAUCACGAAAGAAAUUAACCAGCAGGCUUUUGUACUUGUUCGACCUGAUUUAUACAUUGCUAGUGCUGUGUUUGAAAAUGAUGUUGAUAAACUUAGGGCUUUCUUAGAAGG